UGCUAAGAAAGAUGUCCCUCUCCGAAAGACGGCCCGCAAGCACAUGAGGAAAAGAGAGUCUCCCCCAAAACAAGUAAAGCAGGAGUGUGAUUCUAAAGACCUGGAACAGAAUGAACUAGAAGUGAAGAAAGAGGAAGAGGACAAGAAGAUUGAACAGACUACUUCACAAAUAAAAGAGGAACCAGCCUCGCCAACAGAGAAAGCACAGAAUCAAGAACGCUCAUCUUCCAAAAAAUCACCAAAAUCAAGGAAAGACAAAUCAUCUCCCAGUGACAAGAAAUCCAAGAAGUCAUCUGAGACUGAUAACAAGAAGGAGAAAGAAAAAAACAGAGGAGAAGAAGGAGGAAGAGAAACCGAUGGAGAAGAAGGAGGAAGAGAAACCGAUGGAGAAGAAGGAGGAAGAGAAACCGAUGGAGAAGAAGGGAGCUAAGAAGGAAACCAAGAAGGAGAAUGAGAAGCCAGUGGAGAAGAAGGAAACCAAGAAGACUAACGCAUUCGUGUGGGGCAGCAGCGAUAAGAAAUCUGAUGUUAAGACCUCGGGGACUAGCUUUAGACCAGGCUCUUCAUCUUAUCAUCCAGUGGAAGGCGCAUGCUGGAAAAAAGACGAGAAUGUUCCAUACAUGGCCUUAGCCGACACCUUUUCAAUUAUUGAAGAAACGAGUGGAAGACUGAAGACGAUUGAGAUCUUGUCAGACUUCUUGACCUCUGUGAUGCUCUUGACCCCCGGUGACCUUAAGAUGUGUAUCUACCUGUGUCUCAAUAAGUUAGCUCCAGCUUAUGAAGGAUUAGAGCUGGGUAUUGGUGAUACGGUUCUCAUGAAGGCCAUCGCUCAAGCAACAGGUCGAUCAGUUGACAAGCUGAAAGUUGAUGCUGCUGAAAAAGGAGAUUUAGGGCUGGUUGCAGAGAGCAGUCGAAGCACACAGCGUACCAUGUUCACUCCUCCAAGGCUUACAAUCAAGAAAGUCUUCUCAAAACUCAAAGAUAUUGCUAACUUGAGUGGAAAUUCAUGUAUGUCAAAGAAGGUUGAUCUGAUCAAAGGGCUGCUUGUAGCUUGCAAGAAUAGUGAAGCAAGAUAUCUUAUCAGAUCACUUGGAGGGAAGUUAAGGAUAGGUUUAGCAGAGCAGUCUGUUCUCGUAGCUCUAGGGCAUGCAGGUGCUCUAGCGAAACCAGAGUCAGAUGAGAUGAUUCUGAAGAGCAAGGCCCAUACAUCAGACAGUGUGAAGAAAGCUAUGGAUGAAGCAGCACUGCUGGUCAAGACAGCUUACUGUGAGAUGCCUACAUACGACGCCCUGAUUCCGGCAUUGUUAUCCCAUGGUGUGACGGAGCUACCCAACCAUUGUCGUCUGACUCCAUCCAUCCCUCUCAAACCCAUGUUAGCUCAUCCUACAAAGGGCGUAUCAGAGGUACUCAACAGAUUUCAAGAUACACCUUUCACCUGUGAAUACAAGUAUGAUGGUGAACGUGCUCAGAUUCAUCUCUUAGAGUCUGGUAAGAUUCACAUAUACAGCAGAAACCAGGAAAACAACACCUCCAAAUACCCUGACAUUAUCGCAAGGCUUUCCUCUUCUGUUGAUGAGAAGGUAAAAUCCAGUAUCUUAGAUGCAGAAGCUGUUGCUUGGGAUGUGGAGAGGAAACAGAUCUUACCGUUCCAGGUAUUGAGUACGAGGAAGAGGAAGGACGCUGAUGCCGGUGAUAUCAAGGUUCAAGUCUGUGUCUUUGCGUUUGAUCUUCUCUAUCUCAAUGGAGAGUCCUUAGUGAGGAAACCUCUGAGAGAGCGCAGAAGUCUGUUGAGGGCUCACUUCAAGGAAGUGGAAGGAGAAUUCAUCUUUGCUAAAUCCAUGAUCUCGUCUGAUGUAGAUGACAUUGCUGUAUUCUUAGAGGAAUCAGUUAAAGGAAACUGUGAAGGUCUGAUGGUGAAAACAUUGGAUAAGGAUGCCACGUAUGAGAUCGCAAGACGCUCACACAAUUGGCUCAAGCUGAAGAAAGACUACUUGGAUGGUGUUGGAGAUACAUUGGAUGUGGUUGUGCUCGGUGGAUUCCAAGGGCGUGGUAAGAGAGUUGGUUCCUAUGGAGGAUUCCUACUUGCCUGCUAUGAUGAAGAGAAUGAAGAGUUUCAAUCUAUUUGUAAGAUUGGAACUGGUUUCAAGGAGGAGGAGCUGGAAAAGCACACCAAGUUUUUCAAGGAUCAUUUGAUUGAGAAGCCACGCCCAUAUUAUAACUAUGACAGCAGUGUAGCUCCUGAUCAUUGGUUUGAUGCUGUGCAGGUCUGGGAGAUCAAGGCUGCGGAUCUAUCUGUCUCACCCGUUCAUAAAGCAGCCAUUGGAAUAGUCGAUCCAGCCAAGGGUAUUUCCCUACGAUUUCCCAGAUUCAUUCGUAUCCGUGAUGACAAGAAACCAGAGGAGGCCACAGGCUCUUCACAGGUUGCCAGCAUGUAUAACAACCAGGAUCAAAUCAAGAACCAACAAGCAAAUAAAACCAGCAAAUCAGAAGAGGAUUUCUACUAAACACAGACGAGUGGUAACAUGACCAGAAGACCAGAAACAUUGCUGGUAGCUUGCAGAGAAGGUUUCCAAUUUCAUCCACUCUCAUACCUGUAAUCCAUUUAAUCAUUCAUAAACGGACUACUGUUAAUACAGUCAAUGUUAUGUAGUCACAAAGGUAAUCCUGUCUUAUAUCACAAAAAAACUUGAAGUAACUAUGGUGUACACGUCAUUCUACAUCAAAUUAUUGUAAGCAUGAACAUUAGGUAGCACCACAGAGCCUUAAGUUGAUUUAGUACACAGAACUUGAACUUCCUUUAGAUCGAUUGUUAUAACUAUGUAGACUAAUGAUUCAAUCAGUAUGAUAUCAAUGCAACAUUAGCCUUUGAAGGGUUGACAAGAAUUCAGAACAAUCUUUGUAUAUUACAGGGUUGUUUGAACCAUCAAAAUGUGAGCAAAUUUUUUAUUUUUUAUAAACCAUUAAAAUUGAUAUCAAAUGUCUCAACAAAAUCUAAAGACUUUCAUGCUUUUGCUGAUAUUUAUUUAUACCUUUUAAUCUAAUGAUAUCAAUGUCAUUAGAUACUAUGUAUGAUUUAUUUGCUCUUCAUAACCAAUAUUCCUGAUUAUAUUAGAAGAUUCAACUAUUUGAGGAAUCUUGUGUAUUUGUAGUUAUUACUCUUCCAAACAUUUUUUCCCCAACUUUUUUCAUUCCUCUUUCGUUUUUAUUCCAUUAAUCUAUUUUUACUAGUCAAUAUAUUUGUUGAUAUUUUGGAAAGAUUGAUAAGUACACAACCAUACACCUUCUCAAUAUAUUUCUAUUAUAAGAAUACAUGUUACAGUCAUGUAUUGAAAACAUUUUUUUUCCUCCAUUUUUGAGCCCUCUCCACUUGUAAAUAUUCUGAAUUUGUAAAUAGCAUUAUAAACUAUUACAAUCAUUGGUAAAUAAAGCACUUUGUCAGUAUGAUUGUGUGCAUAGGGGCUUGAGAUAGCGCUUGUGUUUGUCUGAAAUUGUAAAAAGAAAAAUUGAAAAAGCUUUGAUGAAUCAUAAUAUGAUUGUGUAUAUAAAAGAUCAAUAUAACUUUUGUGUUGUACUUGUGUACAUUAAAAGAAGUACAACAUACUCUUUUUCAACUACAGUUUCAUGAAGCACUUUAGGCCAAGACUAUAAACAAAAUAUGAUCACUUAUGCUUACCAAUGCACUUAUUAGUAAUACAGCCAUGAUGUGAAUCUCUUAAUACUCUCAAUGAUUACACUUUCAUAACAUUAUGUGAGAAAUAAGUUCAUUUUAUACACAGAAUAUUUCAAUGAAUUAUACUAAAAUGAAUGUGUCAUUUGAUGAUGUAAUGCAUUGGAUAGUUAUAAGAUGAUAUGGUAACUUUUCUAAGAUUUUGGUUAACGGAUUAUAGCUUGUAAAUAAAAUGAAUGCUUCAUCUUCAGACAGUCUUGAAUGUUUUGCUCUAGAAUUACAUUAUGACUCGCUAAGUUGCAUUGUCUCUGAUUUGUAGCAAAAUGAUAAAGAAUUAUUCCUGUGAGAGUGUUUUCAUUAAAUGAAAUAAAUCCUGCUAUGUAGAAUUGAUAUAUUUGGAUCAUUUGUUCUUUCUUCAGAAUUGAGAAAUACACUGUACCCUUGUCUUGUAGCACAGUACAGUUUGUUUCAAGAUCACCUUGGCGGGUAGUUUUAACCAUGCCCAUCAAAGUCAAUAUUUGUAUAAUAUAUUUUGUUGCAUUUUAGAUCAUUCUAUGUAUGCAGGAUCACAAUUCAUGGCCUUUUUUUUGGGGGGGGGGGGGUGGUGGGAAAACCAGUUUUAGUAUAUUGUGCCUUUCUGGUACGAUGGUGUCUAGUAUUGAGAUGUGACAUGAGGAGGGAAACGUUUAGGGUCUUAAUGAAUUUUUUGUUCAUCUUUUCAAAUUUAAAACCAAUUUUGUUGAAAUGAAAUUAAGUCUGGCAAGCAAGUUUUGUUGUAGACCCAUUGUAUGCAGCAGUUUGAAAUCUAGAUUUAAUUGGAUAAGGAUACUUUAUGAUCUAAACCAAAUUCUAGCCAUUCAGAAUAUAUUAAUUUAUGUCAAUAUGAUACAUAGAAAAUGUCACAUCUUUAAUUGAAUAAAUGCUGUAAUCAACAUUUUCUCAAAGACAAGAAUGAUUUGCUACUGUUUAAAUGCUUACUAGGCUUUUAAAAAGAAAGAAAGAAAUCUUGAACAGAAGGUUACUUGCCAAAAUAAUUCCUAGCUGUUACAGUUAUUAUGUACAUAUUAUUGGUGCACAUGUGCAUAUGAUUUGCAUAAAUGAUUCAAUUAUUGUAAGUUCAA